AGCCAUUUUGUCGUCAUUUAAAACUUAACGUGGACUAAGUGACACUGCAGCCUAUGGAUCCUCCGGGAGGACCGCGCUUACGCGUGUGUAAGUUCGCGAUUUUCAUGUUUUCUUUCUCCUUUUUCUCCUUUCGACGAUAAGAAGAACUACCAUGAGGGACAAAAGAAAGUCGAAGUGCUGGGAGAAGGAGAGCUGAGGACCUGCGCUCGGAGACCGGGUAUGUAAGUGAGGGAGAGCGGAGUCGGAGUGUGUUUUUUUUUCUCCACCUCUUUCUGAAGUAUGGAGGUGGCCGUGUGCUGGAUGUGUUUUUUCCUCCUCCUCGGUGUGUCUUCUCUCUGUGGAGGUUUCGACCUGCAUCUGUCGGACACUUUACACGCCGGAGCCGCUUUGGCGAACCUCUCGCUCGGACCUGGCUGGACUUACACGCUUGACAGGACUUCAUCUCCCAGUUCCAGGACUGGGGGUUUGGUGAAAGUGCACGAGCGGGACGGCCAGGUGAGUCUCGUGCGCGAGGCGGACUGCGCAAGCUUCAAUGAAACUUACCCGGUUCCCCUGAACUUCCAGAUAAACUCCCUCACGUCGGAGGACCUGGUGCGCACGCGCUUUGACGUGUUCGUGCACGGCCGGCACUGCUUCAGCAAGCGCAGGAGAAAGAGCUCCGUGCACGCGCUCGACGUUCACGUCCACCUCCAUUAUGACUUGGGAGCAACCUCCUGCUUAUCUUCAGGUGUGUUGCUCCUCCACCUUGAGGACUACGUGCCUGCCUUUGCGCGUCACACCAAGGACUCUUCUCGUCAUUGGUGCGCUGCAAAGGACUUUAGUGUGUUCCUUUCUAAGGGGAAUUUAUUCGUUGAGGAUGACCACUGUUUGUUCAGAGAGGAGGGGAGAGAGGAGAAGGAGGUGUUGUGUAGGCUGGGUGACAUCACCAUGCACAUCAGGCUAUGGUUCAUUGCCACUGACCCUUCCAGAGGUCAGGGCACAGCUCAAAAAUGGAAAUCACGCAGGAAGAGGGCAGUAAAUUCGGCCCCGGUUUUCCAGUUGCCCAAUUAUCAAGUGUCUGUUCCCGAGAAUGAGCCCGCGGGAACACAUGUUAUCACAGUCAAAGCCACUGAUGCAGACAGCGGAGAGGCUGGGAGGAUAGAGUACGGCAUGGAGGCUUUGUUCGACAGCAGAUCAAGCGACUACUUUAAGAUCGACCCGGAGACGGGGAGUGUUGAAACACAGAGGCUCUUAGACAGGGAAUUCAAGGACACUCAUGUUUUUAAAGUAACCGCCACAGACAGCGGGACUCCCCGACGCUCGGCCACAUCUUACCUUACAGUCACGGUCAGCGACACCAAUGACCACGGCCCUGUUUUUGAGCAGACUGAAUAUAGGGUUAGCAUCCGUGAGAAUGUAGAAGUAGGCUUUGAAGUGAUGACGGUGAGGGCCACUGAUGAAGACGCACCUUCCAAUGCCAACAUGAUCUAUAAAAUCGUGAACGGGGAGGGCGUGAACUCUGUUUUUGAGAUCGACUCGCGGAAUGGGCUUGUGAAAGUCAGAGUGCGCCCAGAUAGGGAGACCAUGGCGCAAUAUCUCUUAAUAGUGGAGGCAAAUGAUCAAGGGAAGGACCCAGGGCCGCUUAGUGCGACAGCCACAGUGCAUAUAACAGUAGAAGAUGAGAAUGACAACUAUCCUCAGUUUAGUGAAAAGAGAUACGUGGUGCAGGUGCCUGAGAAUGUGCCUGUCAACACCAAGGUGGCUCAGGUGAAGGCCACUGACAGAGAUGAGGGCAACAAUGCUAAAGUUCAUUAUAGUAUUAUUAAUGGCAAUGUGAGGGGCCAGUUCUACAUUCACUCUCCAACUGGUGUUAUUGAUGUCAUAAAUCCACUAGAUUAUGAAACAAACAGGGAAUAUAACCUGCGUAUCAAGGCCCAGGAUGGAGGCAGACCUCCUCUCAUUAACAGCACAGGAAUAGUGAUUGUACAAGUCGUCGAUGUGAAUGAUAAUGCCCCCAUGUUUGUAAGCACUCCUUUCCAGGCCACUGUUUUGGAGAAUGUACCCAUUGGGUACUCAGUAAUUCAUAUCCAGGCUAUUGACUCUGACUCUGGGGAGAAUGCUCGCUUGGAUUACCGCCUCACGGACACUUCACCAGGCUUCCCCUUCACCAUCAACAAUAGCACAGGCUGGAUUACAGUCAGCAUUGAGUUGGACAGAGAAACCACAGAGUUUUACACCUUUGGAGUUGAAGCCAGAGAUAAUGGAAGCCCUGUGAUGUCCUCUUCUGCUAGCGUUAGCAUCACAGUGCUCGAUGUGAAUGACAAUGUGCCCACUUUCACAGAAAAGGUCUACUCAUUGAAAAUUAAUGAGGAUGCCCUGGUUGGAACCAGCGUGCUGACGGUGACAGCUGUGGACCGGGACAUCAACAGUGUGGUGACAUAUCAAAUAUCCAGUGGCAACACUCGGAACAGGUUUGCCAUCACCAGUCAGAGUGGCGGCGGCUUGAUCACUUUAGCAUUGCCUCUGGACUACAAGCAGGAGCGUCAGUACGUUCUGACAAUCACUGCUUCGGAUGGCACGCGCUACGACACAGCACAGGUCUUCAUCAACGUCACCGACGCCAACACGCACAGGCCUGUGUUCCAGAGUGCCAACUACCAGGUUCUGAUCAGUGAGGACAAGCCCAUUGGUUCAACUGUAGUGGUCAUCAGCGCUACAGAUGAGGACACCGGUGAGAACGCCCGCAUUACCUACAGCAUGGAGGACAAUGUGCCGCAGUUUAAGAUUGACCCAGACACCGGUGCCAUCACCACGCAGAUUGAGAUUGAUUAUGAGGACCAGGCCUCCUACACUUUGGCCAUCAUUGCUCGUGACAACGGCAUCCCCCAAAAGUCAGACACCACCUAUGUGGAGAUCAUUGUGGAGGACGCUAAUGAUAACGCCCCUCAGUUUGGCCGAGAUAAGUACCAAGGCACCGUGUUUGAAGAUGCCCUUCCAUACACCAGCGUUCUCCAAAUCUCUGCCUCAGAUAGGGACUCAGGGUCCAACGGCAGGGUGAGCUACACCUUCCAGGGUGGUGAUGAUGGUGAGGGAGACUUCAUCAUUGAGCAGUUCUCAGGCAUCAUCAGAACCAACCGGAAGCUGGAUAGGGAGAAUGUUCCUGUCUACAAUCUGAAAGCCUAUGCAGUAGACAGAGGAAUUCCUCCACUCAAAGCUGAAGUGGAGAUCCAGGUGUCAGUGCUGGACAUUAAUGACAAUGCCCCGGUGUUUGAGAAAGAUGAGCUGUACAUUGAUGUCAAGGAGAAUAGCCCUGUGGACUCGGUGGUGGCCCGGAUAACUGCCACGGACCCGGAUGAAGGAACCAACGCUCAGAUCAUGUACCAGAUAGUGGAAGGAAACAUACCUGAGGUGUUUGACUUGGAUAUCUUCACAGGGGACCUAAAAGCACUCAUGGAUUUAGACUACGAGACCAAGACAGAGUAUGUGAUAGUAGUGCAGGCCACAUCCGCGCCGCUAGUCAGCAGGGCCACUGUCCACAUCCGUCUGGUUGAUGUUAAUGACAAUGAGCCUGUCCUGCAGAAUUUUGAGAUCAUCUUCAACAACUAUGUCACCAAUAAAUCCAACAGCUUUCCCACAGGGGUUAUAGGGAAGGUGCCAGCUCAUGAUCCAGAUGUGUCAGAUAAACUGAAGUAUAGCUUUGUGGAGGGAAAUGAGCUUAGUCUGCUAAUCCUGAAUCCGGAUACUGGAGAGCUGAAACUGAGCAAGGAUCUGGACAACAACAGACCAUUGGAGGCUACAAUGAAAGUGUCAGUCACAGACGGCCUCCACCGCGUGACUGCACUCUGCACACUCCGCGUCACCAUCAUCACAGAUGACAUGCUGACCAACAGCAUCACGGUGCGGCUGGAGAACAUGUCCCAGGAGCGCUUCCUCUCUCCGCUGCUGGGUUUGUUCACUGAGGGCGUGGCGGCUGUGCUGUCCACCAGCCGCGAGGCAGUCUUCGUCUUCAAUGUGCAGAAUGACAGUGAUGUGGGUGGCUCCAUCCUCAAUGUCACCUUUUCAGCCCUGCUGCCUGGCGGUGCCCCUGGACGCUUCUUCCCCUCCGAAGAACUGCAGGAACAGAUCUACCUGAACCGGACCUUGCUGAGGCACAUCUCCAGCCAGAGUGUGCUGCCCUUCGAUGACAACAUCUGCCUGCGUGAGCCCUGUGAGAAUUACAUGAAGUGUGUGUCCGUGCUGAAGUUCGACAGCUCUCCACCAUUCAUCGCCUCGGACACCGUCCUCUUCAGGCCCAUCCACCCCAUCAAUGGACUGCGCUGCCGCUGCCCUGCCGGCUUCACCGGAGACUACUGCGAGACAGAGAUUGACCUGUGCUACUCAGGACCGUGCCGCAACAAUGGCCGCUGCAGGAGCCGGGAAGGUGGAUACACCUGCGAGUGUCUGGAGGACUUUACUGGUGAGCACUGUGAGGUGAACGCUCGCUCAGGCCGCUGUGUCCCAGGUGUCUGUAAGAAUGGAGGGAAGUGUGUGGACCUGCUGGUGGGUGGCUUCAUUUGCCAGUGUCCAACGGGAGAGUACGAGAAGCCCUACUGCGAAAUGACCACACGCAGUUUCCCUGGCCAGUCCUUCGUCACUUUCAGAGGCCUGAGACAGAGGUUCCACUUCACUGUCUCUUUCAUGUUUGCUACACGGGAGAGAAACGCCCUGCUACUUUACAACGGCCGCUUUAAUGAGAAGCACGACUUCAUCGCUGUGGAAAUCAUCGAUGAGCAGAUUCAGCUCACCUUCUCAGCAGGAGAGGCUAAAACCACCGUGGCACCUUACGUACCUGGUGGAGUUAGUGACGGCCAGUGGCACUCUGUUCAACUCCACUACUACAACAAGGACAGCCUGCACCUGCUGGACGCCAGUGGGGUGCUGCGUGUCCCGCUCUAUACAGCCUGGCUGGAGCUGACCCAUAAGGAGCCUAACAUCGGACGGUUGGGGAUUCCUCACGGGCCCUCAGGGGAGAAGGUUGCUGUGGUGGCUGUGGAUGACUGCGAUAUCGCCAUGGCAGUGCGCUUCGGGAGCCAAAUCGGGAACUAUUCCUGUGCCGCACAGGGCACACAGACUGGACAAAAGAAAUCUUUGGAUCUAACGGGUCCUCUUUUGCUGGGUGGAGUGCCCAACCUACCGGAGGAUUUUCCUGUGCGAAACCGGGACUUCGUAGGCUGCAUGAGGAACCUCACCAUCGACAGCAAGCCUGUGGACAUGGCCAGCUUCAUCGCCAACAAUGGCACCACAGCAGGCUGUCCAGCAAAGAGAAACUUCUGUAAGGAGGGUUUGUGCCAGCACGGAGGUCAUUGUGAAAACAAGUGGAACACCUACUCCUGUGAAUGUCCUGUUGGCCGCGGAGGAAAGAACUGUGAACAAGUGAUGUCAUCACUACAGUCUUUUGAUGGCCACGCUAUGGUGUCCUGGACUGAUCCUGAUAUCACCGUGGCUGUGCCCUGGUACAUAGGCCUGAUGUUCCGCACUAGACAGAGCAGCGACACGGCAGUCCUCAUGCAGGCUAACGCUGGUCCUGCCUCGCAGAUCAACCUGCUGCUGGUGAAUAGGCAGGUGAGGAUGGAGGUGAAACUCGGGGAGCAGCGUGUGGCUCUGCUGGAGUUUGCAGAGGUCAGAGUGAACGAUGGAGAGUGGCACCAUAUUCUUGUGGAAAUCACCAGCAGCAAAGAGGGCAAAGACACCAAAUACAUGGCCCAGGUGUCUCUGGACUAUGACAUGUUUAAGAGGUCAGUGGAAAUUGGGAAUGAGCUGCCUGGACUCAAAGUCAGGAGUCUUUUCAUUGGUGGUCUUCAGGGUGAGAACAACAAUGUCCUGCAAGGCUUCCAGGGCUGCAUGCAGGGUGUGAGGAUGGGGGAGACCUCCACCAACACAGCCAACAUCAACAUGCAGCAGGGCCUGAAGAUCCAUGUAGAAGAGGGCUGUGACCUGGCUGACCCCUGCGACUCCAACAUCUGCCCUGAGAACAGCCAGUGCAUGGACGACUGGAGCACUCACACCUGCGUGUGUGACCCAGGGUUUUUUGGUAAGAAAUGUGUGGACGCAUGUCUCCUGAACCCUUGUGAGCACGUGUCCACGUGUGUCCGAAAGCCGAGCUCCUCUCAUGGCUACACCUGCGAGUGCGGUCAGAACUACUACGGACAGUACUGCGAGAACAAGGUGGAGAGGCCGUGUCCCAGAGGCUGGUGGGGCAGCCCCAUGUGCGGCCCUUGCAAUUGUGACAUCAAUAAAGGCUUCAACCCAGACUGUAAUAAGACCACAGGAGAGUGCCGAUGCAAGGACAACUACUAUCAGCCCAAAGACAGUGACACCUGUUACCCAUGUGACUGCUUCUUCCCCGGCGCCAGUUCACGAGCCUGUGACCCACAAACUGGGCAGUGUCCCUGCAAGGCAGGCGUCAUCGGGCGACAGUGUAACCGCUGUGACAACCCCUUUGCUGAAGUGACCACCACUGGUUGUGAGGUUGUUUAUGAGGGCUGUCCCAAGGCCUUUGACGCUGGUAUCUGGUGGCCCAGGACCAAGUUUGGUCGUCCAGUUGCUAUGAACUGCCCCAAGGGAUCUAUUGGUACUGCUGUCAGACACUGCAGUGAUGAGAAAGGCUGGCUACCUCCAGAGCUUUUCAACUGCACCACCAUCACUUUCUCCCAGCUGAAGAAACUGAAUGAAGAGAUGCAUCGUAAUGAGUCCAGAAUGGAUGGACAGAAGUCAAAGGAUAUUGCCAACAUGCUCCAUAAUGCUACCAACAUCACCAAGUCUUUCUACGGCAAUGACGUGAAAACAGCCUUCCACCUCAUCUCACGUGUUUUGCAGUACGAGAGCCAGCAGCAGGGUUUUGAUCUUGCUGCCAUGAAGGACGCUAACUUCAAUGAGAAUAUUGUGAAGGCAGGCAGUGCCAUCUUGGACCCCAGCAAUAAAGAGCACUGGGACCACAUCCAGAGGACAGAGGGCGGGACAGCACACCUGCUGCGAAACUUUGAGGAGUAUGCCACCACUGUGGCUCGCAACAUGAGGAAGACCUACCUGAAACCCUUCACCAUCGUCACACACAACAUGAUCUUGGCGGUUGAUUACCUGGAUUCUUCCAGCCCAGACGAUGCAAAGAUCCCUCACUUCCAAAAGAUUAAAGAGGAGUAUCCCAAAGACCUGAAGUCAUCAGUCCUGUUCCCAGAGUUUGCCUUCAAGGCCCCAGAGUACAGUGUUGCUCCAACUGACAAGCCAGUGACUCAGACCAGCUCUACUGAGGAAGACCACUCUGAGGCCCAAAGGAGAAAAAGGCAGGCUGAGGUUCCUCCUCCAUUCCCAGUGGCUGCUGUCAUUGUCUAUCGCUCUCUAGGGCAUUUACUGCCCGAGCGCUAUGACCCUGAUCGUCGCAGUCUCAGGCUGCCCAUCCGGCCGGUCAUCAACACGCCCAUAGUCAGCGCCACCGUGCACCACGAAGGCCAACCACCGCCCAUGCCCCUGGAGCAGCCAAUCACACUGGACUACACACUGCUGGAGACAGAGGAGAGGUCCAAACCUGUGUGUGUGUUCUGGAACCACUCCAUCGCGAUCGGAGGGACUGGAGGAUGGUCCUCUAAGGGCUGUGAACUCGUCUCCAGAAACAAAACCCACAUCAGCUGCCAGUGUAACCACAUGACCAGCUUCGCCGUGCUCAUGGACAUCUCCAAGAGAGAGCAUGGAGAUGUAUUGCCCCUAAAGAUAGUCACCUACGCUACUGUUUCGGCCUCAUUACUUGCUCUGCUGAUCACCUUCAUUUUGCUGGCCAUCCUGCGAAAACUCCGCUCCAACCUGCACAGCAUCCACAAGAACCUGGUGGCGGCCCUCUUCUUCUCCGAACUUGUUUUCCUCAUCGGCAUCAACCAGACGGACAACCCGUUUGUAUGUACAGUGAUAGCGAUCCUGCUGCACUUCUUCUACAUGUGUACGUUUGCCUGGAUGUUUGUGGAGGGGCUGCACAUUUAUCGCAUGCUUACAGAGAUGCGCAACAUCAACUACGGCCACAUGCGCUUCUACUAUGCUAUGGGCUGGGGCAUCCCUGCGGUCAUCACAGGCCUGGCUGUAGGUCUGGAUCCUCAGGGCUAUGGUAACCCUGAUUUCUGCUGGCUCUCCGUCCACGACACCCUGAUCUGGAGCUUUGCUGGACCCAUUGCUGUUGUUGUGCUGGUCAAUAUAGUGAUCUUUGUGAUGGCAGCCAAGGCAUCGUGUGGGCGCAGGCAAAGGAGCUUUGAGAAGUCUGGAGCCAUUCCUGCUCUGCGGAUGGCCUUUCUGCUCUUACUGCUCAUCAGCGCCACCUGGCUGUUGGGGCUCAUGGCUGUUAACAGUGAUGUCAUGAUUUUCCACUACCUGUUUGCCAUUUUCAGCUGCUUGCAGGGAAUCUUUAUAUUCUUCUUCCACUGUGUGCUGAAUAAAGAAGUGAGGAAGAAUCUGAAGACUGUGUUCACAGGGAAGAAGCCUCUGCAGGAUGAGUCCAGCACCACCCGGGCAUCCUUGCUGACUCGUUCUCUGAACUGUAAUAACACAUACACGGAGGACGGCACUCUGUUCCGCUCAGCUAUCGGAGAAUCCACUGUGUCUCUGGAGAGCACCAUCAGGUCAGCCAAGAGCCACAGCGGCUACCUCGCUUACGCCUUCAGAGAUGAGUCAGGUCAGAAGCCCUCCUCAGGAACAGCUAAAGGUGGACACACGGACAUUGAUGGCCCUCUGUUCCACCGUAAUGGCACUAAGGCAGACGACUCAGACUCGGACAGUGAGCUUUCUGUGGACGAGCACAGCAGCUCCUACGCCUCCUCACACUCCUCCGACAGUGAGGAUGAUGAAGACAUCCACAGGACUCCCAAGUGGAACAACGAGAGACAGCCACUGCACAGCACUCCAAAAGUGGACACAGUGACCAAUCAUGUGAAGCCGUACUGGCCCACAGAGGCCACCACGGCCAGCGACAGUGAGGAGGCUGGAGGAGCUGAGCGUUUGCGAGUGGAAACCAAAGUGAAUGUGGAGCUACAUCAGGAGAACAAGCUGAACCAUGUAGGAGAACCCCCCCAGGACAAAGACCCACCAGGCAGAGAUGGAGCACCCCCCAGCCUGCCCAACAGCAACCACCAGCCUGAACAGAGGAAGGGCAUUCUGAAGAAUAAGAUCACAUAUCCUCCACCUCUUACGGACAAAAACAUGAAGAACAAGCUUCGAGAGAAGCUUUCAGACUACAACCCCCCUACCAUCUCCUCACAGACCCCCUCAGUGGCCUCUAAUGAUGGAGGAAACAGUCACAGUGUCAUCAUAAAAAAUACCCACCGCCCUGCGGUCCCACCUAGAGAGCAACAGAAUGGAGUGGCCAUGAACUUACGGGCUGGCACCAUUAACGGCGGCAACCAGUCAGAUUCAGACGGCAGUAACGAAACCUCAAUCUGACCCAGCAGGAAGCUGCAGGAGGCUCUUUCUACAUGAGAGAGGCACAGCCGCUGUCAGGAUGGAGAAGAGGAGGAAAGGAGAGGUGGAUAAACUCUUUAGAGGCUGAUGAACAGGUCUUGUGGACCUUAUGACCUUUUGACCUCACUUUCUCCACCUUCAUGGCCUACACUCCAAUGGAGAACAGUAUUACUGCAGACUUCUGUCUGCCCUACUUAGAAACUUCAGUGAAAAAGGGAAUGUAUUGGACUAAGCUUUGGGGGUGGACAGUGGACCGUGCCAAAAUCACUGCAAGAGGACAAAAACUACAUCCCCCACAUUGCUAAAGCGCAUGUCUGGAACAAGUCACAUGCAGGCUGGAGUUGAAGAAUUGCAGGAUGUGAUAAUGGAUAUUACCACUAGUACUUAUCCACACUGAAAGGGUGGAGAAGAUGUCAACUGACUCAUUCACACACAGAGAAAGUAAUGUGUGGAAAAACAACAUUUAAUUUCACAAUGGAAAUAUGAACUAAACGAUAUCACCAAGUGCCCUAUUUGUUCAUCCUUCCGGAGGAGAUUCUAUGUCUGUUUUCUUGUUGUGACUGUAAUUAUUGUUAUGUAGAUACUGCUUAAAUGGUUCUAUUUUGUAUGUCGACUGUUUCCGAGAUUUUUCAGGCACAUUUUUUAUAAUUAAUUGAGAGUUUUUAUAAAUAUAACACGCAACUCUAAGGAUUAUCCUGGACAAAAUCGCGAUGCUGUAAUUUUGUACAUGAUUUGCAGUCAGGUCGCCUUAGUGCCUUAGUCCAACACUAGACAGUUUAAUUUCAAAGCCCUUUGGUGCGCUCCUCCUCCAAAUAAGACUGUACAAACAUGAAAGGACACAAUGGUCACAUAUUUUUAUAAAAGAGCAAAUUAUGAAAUGUGAAGAGAUGAGCGCUCUCAGAUUUCUUACAAUGAUGAAAUGAAUGUGUAUGCCAUGUUUAUUAUAAACUCUAGGAAAAAAUAGGAAAAAAAAACACUGUGGUCCUAGUACAAGCAGGGAUCUUUCUCCCCAUCUCUGACCUUUUCUCUCUAUCUUCCCUCUUUCUGUCACAACCACUCCAGUGUUUGAACCACUCCUGAUCAAAAAUUGCUGGAUUUUUCCUAUUUUUCCAAAAAAGACACUGGAAUUCUUGUAAAAUAUGUAUAUUUAUUUUUUAUGGUUUUGGAACACUGGUCAAUGAUUGCAACUAUAAAAUUAAAAACCCAUUUGGAAUUUUCUA